GAGAAAUAUUUUGACAUUUUCAAAUUUUGUGAAGUAUUCGGUAAAAAACUUGUGUUUAUUCGGACACAUAGUGAUAAAGAUACAGUUUCUUGCCACAAAAUGUAAUGAACAUUUUAGCUGAUGAAUUCUAGGGGAUUGAAAUGCGAUAAAGUACAUGAAAAUAAGAUAUAUUUAACUCGACAACUCUAUUAUCGCCCAUCACGAUCAUAAACAAUUUUGUUUAGGCAUUCAAUAUGAUGGAACUAAGCCUAUCACGGGUUGAUUACAUACAGGUAGGAGUCACAGCUCCAAAGACGAUGCGUCUACUCCCUCCUGCAGGAAAGAAGGAUCCAAUUCAAAAGAUCGCCAUAGCUGACCAGGAUGGUGUGUUACAGUGUUUUAACAUGAAGAAGGCUGAGCCAGUUCAUGCUUUCAAGACCCUCCCAGGCCAGAAAAUUAGUCGCAUGGAGCUUGGGGGUCCAGUAGGAGGUGUAAGGGAGAAGAUAUUUGUCGCCUCCGGGGCAGAGGUUCGUGGAUAUACCAAAAAAGGAAAGCAGUUUCUUGGGUUUGAUACAAAUCUUACGGAGACUAUUAAAACCAUGUAUGUCGAGGGCUCUGACUUGUUUCUCUGCGGCAACUACAUCUAUAACCACUACCGUGACUGCAAGGAUAUGAACUACUUCCUGUCAGCUGACAAAGUGAAUGACGUCAUAUGUUUGCCGACAGAUCAUAAUCCAGAUGUCACCCCAAUACUUGCCUGUCAGGACCGUGUAUUGAGAGUGCUCCAGGAUUCGGAAUUGCUAUAUGAGGUUGAAGUACCAGGACCUCCAACUACACUCAGUCUUUAUUCAAAUGACGGAGGUGAAGAUGGAAAUGAAAUCUGCUAUGGCACAUCCGAUGGAAAAUGUGGACUUGUUCAGAUUAAUAGGCAGCAACCAAUUCACAGAUGGGAGUUAGGAAAUGAGAAGAGAAAUGGAGGGGUUCUCUGCAUUGAUAAUUAUGACAUCACAGCUGAUGGAGUUCUUGAUUUGAUCGUUGGUCGUGACGAUGGCCUGGUUGAGAUAUAUGGAUACGAUGAGGCAGAUGAACCAGUUCUUCGUCAUAGCCAUCAAUGCAGUGAAAGUGUGACGUCAGUUCAGGGUGGUGUUGUUGCCUCGGCAGGAUAUGACGAGAUUGUUUGUGCUACUUAUGCAGGCUGGGUGUUGGGUAUAACAACAGAGCCCCAGAUAAAGGAGCAAUCUAACACACCAGGGGGCACCACACAGUCGUAUGUUGACAAAGCUGUGCAUCAAAAAAUAGGCACCUUAAAGCAAGAAUUAGAAGACCUCCAGCAGAAGGUUGUUAGGGAACGUGAACGCUACCAGACAACUGCACAUAACAAGAAAGCCAUCUCCGCUGUACCACACUUUAACAUUAACGACAAAUUCAUCCUGAGUCGGGAAGAUGCCAGUUACACGCUGAGUCUGGAAGUUCAAAUGGCAAUUGAUAAUGUGCUGUUACAGAGUGAUGUCCCUAUCGACUUACUUGAUGUAGAUAAGAACUCAGCAGUUGUUAGCUAUAGUGCCUGCAACCCAGAGGAAGGAAAUUUCCUACUGGCGACAUAUCGCUGUCAGGCAAACAUGACACGUCUUGAGUUGAAGAUUCGCUCAAUAGAGGGCCAGUAUGGUACAGUACAAGCCUAUGUGACACCCCGGUUACAACCUAAAACAUGCCAAGUUCGUCAGUAUCAUAUUAAACCCCUCAGUCUGCACCAGCGUACACACAACUUUGACGAAAACAGACACUACAACUCCUUGAUACUAACGGGCAACUUCAGUUUGGCGGAGAUUCAUUCGUGGGUCUGUUUCUGUCUCCCUGAGCUCCCUGAACGUACUCCUGCGGGAGACUCCGUAUCUUUUCACUUCCUGUCAUCGUUCUUGGACACCAUGUUAGACUGCUCCUACAAAAAAGGUGAAGGGAUAUUCCGAUCAGAUAACAUUUCUACGAUCUCCAUCUUGAAAGAUGUUUUAUCAAAAGAGGCAACAAGGAAGAAAAUCCACCUGAAUAUCAACUAUGAGAUAAAUGAUGCCUCUAUACCCUACACACUACAGCUGAUCCACCCUAAGCUUGAAUAUCAACUACUACUGGCUAAGAAGGUUCAACUUAUUGAUGCACUCAAGGAGCUACAAGUCCAUGAACAAGACAUCUCAUUCAUGUCACCUGAAUACCAACAGAUUCUCAAAGAUGCAGACAAACUCCAAGAAGAGUACAAGAAACAGCCCUGCCAUCUGGAAAGACUUUAUGGUAUGAUCACAGAUCUAUUUAUAGACAAAUACAAGUUCAAAGGUCAGAAUGUGAAGAGUCGUGUACCCCAUCUAUUGGAGGUUCUGGACAACUAUGAACUUCAAGGACUAAUUGAAUUCUUUCAGACUUCUUAACAGAGCAAACAGCAAUCCAGGAACCUUAUGCCUCUAAAAUAUUGUAUAUAGCAAUCUCCGAAAUUCAAGUGUGUUUCACAAUUUUAAGACGAAAUUAUGCGACAGACUUUUUCAAUAGAUCUUUACUUCUAUUGGUGAACCA